AGACACAUUUAGUGGCGGGCUGUAUUGCUGUUCAUGCACAAGGCGUUGUAUUAUUUUUUUUUUGUUCAAAUCAAUUGAUCUUUCUAUUGACACCUGUGUCUCUCUCUGUCUCUUCACCUGUCUUUCACUCCGCCAGGCUAUGUUGAUGAUCCAGUCUCGCAAAGAUGGAAUCGUAACUCACCCUCCAGACAAGGAUGAGCAGCUAAAGAUGCAUGUGUACAGGAAGACGCUGCAGGCCUUGAUCUACCCCAUCUCCUGCACCACCCCCCAUCAGUUCCAGGUGUGGACGGCCACUGCGCCCACCUACUGCUACGAGUGUGAGGGCCUCCUCUGGGGCCUCGCACGCCAGGGCAUGCGGUGCACCGAGUGUGGGGUCAAAGUUCACGAGAAGUGCCAGGAUCUGCUUAAUGCUGACUGCCUUCAAAGAGCGGCAGAGAAGAGCUCCCGGAGUGGUUGUGAGGACCGGACGGAGCACAUCAUCACCGCCAUGAAGGACCGCAUGAAGAUCCGCGAGAGGAACAAGCCAGAGAUCUUCGACGAGAUCCGGAAGGUGUUUGGCGUCACCAAGCUGGUCCACUCUCAGAACAUGAAGACCACCAAGCAGAUUGUCUUGGAUGGAACGUCCAAGUGGUCGGCCAAGAUCACCGUCAACGUGGUGAGUGCACAGGGGCUGCAGGCUAAGGACAGGACUGGUUCCAGUGAUCCAUACGUCAGCCUGCAGAUCGGGAAGAACAAGAAGAGGACCAACACUGUCUACACCAAUCUGAACCCUGUCUGGGACCAGGCCUUCAGCUUUGAGUGUCACAACUCCUCAGACCGCAUGAAGCUGCGUGUUUGGGACGAGGACGAUGACAUCAAGUCCCGCAUGAAACAGCGUCUGAAGAGAGAGUCGGACGACUUCCUUGGCCAGACCAUCAUCGAGGUCCGCACGCUCAGCGGGGAGAUGGACAUCUGGUACAACCUGGAGAAGAGGACCGACCGGUCAGCCGUGUCUGGGGCGAUCCGUCUGCAGAUCAGCAUGGAGGUUGAUGGGGAGAAGACAGUGGCUCCAUACCACGAACAGUACACCUGUUUACAUGAGAGCAUUUUCCAGUACUCAACGUACGUGGAGGGCGGCGGCGUGGUGAAGGUCCCGGCCGCCCGCGGGGACGAUGCCUGGAAGGUGUACUUCGACGAGCUGCAGCAGGACAUCGUGGAUGAGUUCGCCAUGCGCUACGGCAUCGAGUCUAUCUACCAGGCCAUGACUCAGUUCUCCUGCCUCUCCUCUAAGUACAUGCUGUCAGGGCUUCCGGCUGUGAUGAGCACCCUGCUGGCCAACAUCAACGCCGUGUUCGCCCACCCCACCGCCUCCACCAACGCCACCGCACAAGACCGCUUCAUCGCCUCCAACUUUGGGAAGGACCGUUUUGUGAAGAUCAUCGACAAGCUCCACAAUUCCCUGCGUAUCGACCUCUCUAUGUACAAAAACAACUUCCCUUCCACCAGUAAGCCCCGCCUCCAGGACCUCAAGUCAACGGUGGACCUUCUGACCAGCAUCACGUUCUUCAGGCUGAAGGUUCUGGAGGUUCCCAGGCCCCCGCGGGCCUCUCAGGUGGUCAGGGACUGUGUGAAGGCCUGCCUCACCUCCACCUACGACUUCAUCUUCAACAACUGUGUGCAGCUUUACAACUCUCAGUUCCAGCCUAUACUCCCACCGCCUGAAGCAGAGACAAAGAAGGCCAUGGAGGAGACGGAGAAGGGAGAGGAGGAAGAGAGGGAGGGUCCCGAGGAGAAGAAGGAGGAGAAGGAGGAGAGCCCGCCUGCAGAGAAGGAACCCAGCAUCCAGAGCCUGGACUUCUGGCCCAAACUCAUCACCCUCAUCGUGUCCAUCAUCGAGGAGGACAAGACCUCCUACACACCCAUCAUAAACCAGUUUCCCCAGGAGCUGGAUGUUGGGAAGCUCAGCGCUGAGGUCCUGUGGAGCCUGUUUGCUCAGGAUAUGAAGACAGCUCUUGAAGUUCUGGACGUCAACCAACCACACUGGAAUAAUGCUCCAUCCACAUUCCGCAUCCGUAACAUUGAUUUCUACACUGACCACGAGCAGCAGCGGAGGUAUAGACCAGCAGACUACAUGAACCUGCUCUUCAAGGUGAAGUGGCUCCACUGCGAGUACGUCCAGGACCUCCCGGCCUUCGUCCUAGCCGUCCCACCAUGGCCUGUGUGGUUCCUACCAUUCGUCCUCGCCUGGUUGGCUGAGAACGAGGAAGUGUCCCUGGAGUUCAUGAGUGCAGCGCUGGAGAGAGACAAGCGAGAAGGGUUCCUGCAGACGUCUGAGCAUGCUCUGUUCUCCUGCUCGGUGGUGGACGUCUUCACUCAACUCAACCAAAGCUUUGAGAUCAUCAAGAAGCUGGAGUGCCCAGACCCCGAUGUGCUCGCACAAUUCAGCACACGCUUUGCAAAGACCAUCAGCAGGGUUCUGCUGCAGUACUGUUCGGUGUUGAGUAAGAGCUUCACCUCCUUCUGUCAGAAGGAGAAGACUCCCUGCAUUCUAAUGAACAAUGUCCAGCAGAUGAGGGUGUUGUUGGAGAGAAUGUUUGAGUCUAUGGGAGCCAAGCAGCUGACUGUGGAAGAGGAAAAGCUUGAGGGGCAGGAGGAGGAGGAGGAGCCUGAGGAGGUUGAGGAGGAGGCUGGAAGUGAAGCAGAGAAUGACAUGUCUGGUUGCUCAGACUCAGAGGGAUCAGAGUGUGACAAUAAGGAAAAGGAGGAAAAGAUGGACAAUGAAAAGUCUGAGUUGAAGAAAGAGAAGGGAGAAAAGUCUGAAAGGGAGAAGCAGACCGAAGAUAUAGACUCUAUCAAGAAGCUCGACACAGAGGAAGCUACCAUCCUUUAUGAGCUGCAGUUGAAUCUGAGCUCUGUCCUGGAUAAUUUAAGUGUCAUGUUUGGAACGAGUUUCCUGGCCCGCCUAAAUGGCUGUAUGCGUCAGAUGGCUGAGAGCCUGAGCCAGAUGAAGGGCCAGCCCAACCCCAACACGGCCGAGGCUGAUGCAGACACUAUGCUCAGACCUCUCAUGGAGUUUCUGGACGCAAUUCUCAGCAUAUUUGCCGAUGUGUGUGAGAAAGCUGUUCUGAGGAGAAUCUUAAAGGACCUUUGGAAGAUGGUCCUCAGCAGCCUUGAAAAGACCAUAGUCUUACCACAGAGUGACGGCAGUCUGGGAGCCCAGCUCCUCACUGCUGCCAAGGGCCUCUCCAACAUGAAGGGAGGGAGCGAUCCGAAGACCCUGUCAGCCAAACAGUGUAUGAUUCUGGACACUGGACUGGAGGCCAUCAAGCAAUACUUCCACGCUGGGGGGAGCGGCCUGAAGAGGUCGGUGGUGGAGACCAGUCCCGAGGUGGCCUCUCUGCGUUACGCUCUCUCUCUCUACUCUCAGAGCACGGACGCCCUCAUCAAGACCUUCAUCACCACACAGCACGCACAAGUGCAUGAUGGGAUGGGAAUCAGAAUCACUGCUAGUGAGAAGGCCCGCCCAGACCGGGGCUCUGGGGUGGAGAAAGCCAUCGGAGAGGCUGUGGUGCAGAUAGAUAUGGUCCCUGGGACGGAUCGUAAGGUCAACGUCAAAGUGAUUGCGGUGAAUGACAUGAAGUGGAAGACCUCUGGGAUGUUCCGGCCGUUUGUGGAGUUGAACAUGGCCGGACCCUUCAUAGCGGACAAGAAGAGGAAGUUUGCCACCAAGUCAAAGAACAACAGUUUCACUGCGAACUUCAACGAGGCCUUUCAGUUCCUCCUGGGGAAGGAGUCCCCCGACUGCUACGAGCUGCAGCUGGCGGUGAGGGACUACUGCUUCGGCCGGGCGGACCGCCUGGUCGGCACGGCCGUGGUCCAGCUGCGGGACCUGGCCGGACGCAAGACGGCUGUGUUCUGGUGCCCCCUGGGGCCGCGUAUCCACAUGGACGAGACGGGCCUCACGGUGGUCCGCAUCCUGUCCCAGCGGCCCGCCGAUGACGUGGCCAAGGAGUUUGUUAAGCUCAAGUCUGACACACGUCCCGUGGAGGAAGGCCGCUGAUUGUGUGUUUAGGAUGAGUGGAAACGCCUCACCAAGAUUCUGGUGGCUGCCGUUGACAGCGGGUGUCUGUCAAAGUUAACUUUAUUGUCAAUUUCAAAAUAUGUGCCAGACAUACAGAGGAAUCGAAAUUGCGUUUAUCUCUGACCCACGGUGCAAUAAGAACAAAAGGAUAUAAUUUGGUAAAAUAAGAUAAGUACAAUUUACAAUAAUAAUAAUUAUAAUAAUAAUAUAAUAAUUUAUUAUAUAAUAAUAUAUUAUAUAAUAUAAUAAUAAUAAUAAUAAUAAUAAUAAUAAUAAUAAUAAUAAUAUACUUAUUUACGUUCCUUAUUGAGCAGUUCAGUCAAGUUGAUAGGGUGUAAUGUGUUGUGUUUAGGAUAGAGUAUAGAUUUGCCCAUGUUUUUCAGUGCCAGUUGGUUGGAAAUGGUUCCAAAUAUUAUAAUGUAACUUUGUGGAUGCAUAUCAAACAAAACCUUUAACGUUCACAAACAAUGACAAUGCUAUCACAGCAUAUUGUUGUGAUGGUUAAUCUAACCAAUGUGAAAGUGUGUUAUAGCUUACGUUAUAUAUUAUCUCAUGUUGAUGAUGUGCCAAAUAAUGAAAGUAUCCAUCAAUGUUCAAAUAUGUUUACUGUGGUUCUGUGAUGUGGGGUUAGGGUCUGUCUGUUGUAUAGAUGGGUUUGGGUCAGUCUUUCUGAUUUAAUCCUAACCCUUUUGAAAAUGUGUUCAAUAUACUCACACAAAAAUAUUUAACAUUAAUAUAUCCCUUUGUUAAUCUUGAGUCCGUAUCCGUUUGGGAUUUCUAAUUUUUUGUGAAAUGGUGCAUCCUAUGCCUUGUUCUGUGUAUCUCUGAAUCCUGAUGCAAAGGGACUUAAAUAAUGUGAGAUCUAACUUUACAAACUCUACUGGUAAUAUUACUCACAAUGCAAUGUUCAUAAUCCUAAACUAAAUCAUUUCCUGCAUUUCUGCAGUAGCUGGAUUUAUUUAUAUUAUUCACUCAAUAAACAAACCGAUAACCUCACGUAGCCAACAAGUAAAAACGAAGGCACCUAAACGGGGACUGCAGUAUUCUCACCUAUCUCUGGACAGUAGCCUACCUGAGAACAAGAACAACGAUGGUGUAUCCAUCUGUCUGCUGCAGUGAUUCAGAGUCUACUAUCCUUAAGUUAACCUGUACCGUUUUCCGUCAUAGCAAUACCUCCAAAUGUGUUUCAUGGAUUAAAUAACUGGAAUACAAA